AUGGCGGUGGGCAUCAUGGCUCGGGCCGAUACGGCGGUCACGGACAUCGUGGCCAUCGGCGAUACCACGGUGGGCAUCGACACCACGGCCGUUAUGGAGGACAUCAUCGUCAUGGCGGCAGGGACUACAGAGACCAUCACGAUCGCUACGGUAGACACGGAAAUCGUCACGGAGGUCACCGGGAAGAGCGGUACCACAACAAUCAUCGCGGCAAUCAUCACCACGGCCAUGAGGGAGGACGACAUCGAUACGCCCACCACCACGGAGCUCGGGGUCGGGAGGGGGGUCAUUACGGCAAUGACCACUACAAGAACAGAGGUCACAGAAACCAUGGUCAUAGAAACACCUACCAUAGAGAGGAUUCGUCGCAUCACAGCAAGUACUACGACGAUCAUCACGAUGGCGAUCAUAGGAGAAGAUACAACGACCAUCAUAGGCAUCACGAUCGACACGGCGGGGGAGCCCGGCACGGCCAACAUCACCGCGAGCACCAUGGUAGAUAUAGACACGGAGACGAUUCGCACCGACAUGGAGGAGGUCACCACAGGAACCAUCACGGAGAACACGGAAGACGAGGACACGAGCACCACAAGGAGCACGGCCAGCAUCGACACCACGGUGGAGGACACCACCGCGGAGGACAUCACCAUAACGGCGGCCACCACCAUCAUCAAGGCCAUCACCAACACCGCCAACAUCGACACCAUGGUGGAUACUGAGCCCCUCUCGUACAAAUUAGGCGCGACCCGCGGUCGUCUGAGUUUCUGCGCAGGGAUUACAUUCCUUGACGUGCGUUCGACCUGA